UUGCUAUAUUUAUUUGUUAAAUCAUUCUGCGCAACUCUGCCGUAACCCCGUUGCCUUUUUUUGAUGACGUUGCAGGUCAAUCCAAAUGAGCGAAGUCCACUUCAACGGACAUCCCGUACUCAGGGAGUAGGGAACAGUGAACACUGCGUAGGAACCAUUGGAACGCAGCUUCACGGUGCAUUGUUCGUGGAGGGUAAUACUUCCGGUGCCGCUGCACUUCCGCUUUUGUCAGGAGUGAGCCGUAGGACGGAAGUGGGUGAAUGGUGAGGUGCGAUGCCCUUGGAGGUGACAUGGCCCUUUCCACAAUGCCCCCGCCUGGGCUGGAGGAUAUCCAGCCGAUUGAUCAUGGGCAUGGUGGGCUCAUACAGUUACCUAUGGACAAAGUAUUUCAACUCUUUAAUGGUGCACAACCAGGACGUUUUGUUGAAGCUGGUGGACGAGCGUCCCCGGGGUACGCCUCUCAUCACCGUGUCCAACCACCAGUCCUGUAUGGAUGACCCGCACAUCUGGGGAGUUCUGAAGCUCCGGCAGCUCUGGGCCUUUCACAGAAUGAGAUGGACUCCUGCCGCCUCUGAUAUCUGUUUUACCAAGGAGAUUUACUCCAGCUUCUUCAGCAGAGGCAAGUGUGUGCCUGUGGUUAGAGAUUAACGAGGGACAAAGUGUGAAACAGGAGGUAAAAGAAUAUGGAUGUGCACAGCUUAAAGUGAAGUAAACAUUUUUUUUUAUUUGCUGGUUGUGAGAAUGUGUGAUGAGUCCUGGGGAUCCAAACUAAAACUCAGAUGAGAGAAAGGCAUCAUCUUCCAGUGAGGUUUGAAAUUACUUUGAUAAUAUUUAUCCUUGCCGUGCUUUUCUGGGAGUAUGGCCAAUAAAAGGAAUAGGAUCCCUGUGUCGUUUAUAAUUAUCCCUGUGUCAGAAUUAUAAAAAACCUUCCGGAACAAGUUGGAGUGCUGGGGGAGUGUAUCAAGUACAGAUACUACGUCAUACGUCCAACUCGUUUUUAACAAGUUGACAAGCCAGCACACAUUUAACAGUGCAAAGAAGUCAGAAUGCAUGACACUGCAUGAUACCCGAUCUUUAAAAUGCUGUAACAAAUAAAAAAAGUAAUCAUAAUGUCAUUUGAUUUGCAUUAGUAUGUUUGCACGAAAUGUGGUAUGUAGCAUCUGAAGACAGUGCUGAGAAAAAGUAAUAAAAAGCUUUUUGAUUUGUCAAACGGUUUAUUGAAACAAAACUUGGCAUGUAUAAUCAUUGGCGCAUCUUGUCCACUCAUAAAAAUUUGGUGACAGUGCCACCUUGUGCUCAAAAGUUAAAAGCAAUUUUAUUGCGUUCUAAGUGCCUUUCCCCAUUUUUAAACAAAAUCUGAUCAUCUGACAUGUCCAAAAUAUUUCCCUUUGGGCCAUUGUUUGGCUUGACCCCGUAAUUGCUGAUUGCAGCUAUAUUUAGGGUUCAAGCCCCAAAGGGGCAAAGACCCAUAGUGUUACCCGUCAGUUUUCUUACCCCUAUGCCUGCCUUCUGCACUGAAGUGUCGAUGAAGUUGUUACUCUUCAGAAAUGCUGAGAGUCUAUUGGCCAAAACGCAAGAAGAAAAUCUUCCCUUCCACAUUCAAGAGGCUAAUUUGGCGAAACUGGUCAAUAGUUGAGAAAUUUUCUCCUUUGGGAUCAGUAUGCCUCAUGCCCUUCUCCAGACCUUUGGUAUCGCCUGCUUUUUUCAUGCCACAGCCAUUAACCUCCAAAGGUACCUCAACACUCCAGGGGCAUUCUUUUAGAGCCUGUAUGGUAUACCGUUGGGUCCAGGAGCUGAAGCUGAUCUUGCCCAUUUUACUGCACUCUCCACUUCACUCCAUUUAGGGGGCCUUGUGUUCAUCUGGUGUUCUGGUAGCUGAAUUGGUGGCAUGUCCUCUGGAAUGGAGAUUGGCUCAUGCCUCUGAUUGUCAGAAUACAUUUUCCGUAGGUGUUCCUCAAGAUCUGUUAUAGGUAGGGUUGUGUAUUGUCAAAAAUAUUCAGAUUCCGGUACCAUUUUUGCCUAACGAUUCCGGUUCCGAUUCCAUUUAAACAAUUUUUUUUACUAUUUUACCUUAAAUGAAUGUAGUGUUGCUGACUGUAAGGUAGUAAGUAAUGUUGAGUAAUGCUAAUCCAUCAAUAACAUUUAAAUAAUAAUGCAGUAGAGGAGAGGGUGAGAUGCUGUGAGUCCUUUCCACAUUUUUAGCAUUUAAAUUGAAUAUGAAAAUAAGUAUUUUUUUAUCACUUUGUUUAUCACUCUUAAAAUUACCUGUAGCCUUCACUAAAUAGUCGAACCCUCUUACUUGCUUAACAACAUCAGUCUAUUUAUUUUGUGGUCCAUACAGGUUGAUCAGUAUGUAUAUAAAUGACAAUAUGAAACAAGUAUAAUGUAAUUUUGUGUUGCAAGACUUGCGCGCUGCCAGUAUGUGUAAUGAAGAAUUCCAGUCUGGAUUUAGAGCAUGUCACAGUACAGCGACUGCUUUGAUCAGAGUUACAAAUGAUCUGCUUUUGCUUCUGACCGAGGUUGUAUCUCGUUAUUGGUGCUGCUAGACCUUAGUGCUGCAUUCGAUACCAUUGACCACAGCACACUCCUACAUAGACUCGAAAAUUACGUCGGCAUUAAAGGAGUAGCUUUGAAAUGGUUUAAAUCUUAUUUAUCCAACCAUUUUCAAUUUGUAGCAAUAAACAAUGAGGUGUCACGCAAAUCGCAAGUCCAGUACGGUGUACCACAGGGCUCAGUCUUGGGGCCUCUGCUCUUCGCAUGCUACCUCUAGGAGAUAUAAUAAAGCGACACGGAGUUAGCUUUCACUGUUAUGCUGAUGAUACUCAACUUUAUAUUUCCUCGAAGCCUCAUGAAAUACAGCAGUUCCAUCGAAUAAUGGAAUGCAUAGUCGAUAUAAAAAACUGGAUGAGUAGCAACUUUUUAUUACUGAACUCGGACAAAACAGAAGUGUUACUUAUUGGACCGAAAACUGCUAUACGUAACAACCAAGAAUACAGCUUAACUAUUGACGGAUCUUCCAUAAAACCCUCGUCGUCAGCAAAGAAUCUUGGCGUUCUAUUAGACAGUAAUCUGUCAUUUGAGAGCCACGUCGCCAACACCUGUAAAAUUGCGUUUUUCCAUUUUAAGAAUAUAUCUAAACUACGUCAUAUGCUGUCAAUGUCAGAUGCAGAGAAGUUAAUUCAUGCAUUCAUGACAUCAAGACUAGAUUACUGUAAUGCACUGUUAGGUGGUUCCCCUACUGGAUUAUUACAAAAGCUCCAACUGGUCCAAAACGCGGCAGCUCGAGUUCUUACACGAACAAAAAAGUAUGAACAUAUUAGCCCGGUUCUGUGAACCUUGCACUGGUUACCUAUAAAGCAUCGCGUUAACUUUAAAAUCUUGAUUAUUACCUAUAAAGCCCUACAUGGUUUAGCUCCUCAAUACUUGAGUGAACUCCUCUUGUAUUACAGUCCUUCACAUGCAUUACACUCUCAGGCGUCCUGUCAGUUGGUAAUACCUAGAAUUUCAAAAUCAAGUGCAUUUAUUUUUAUUUAGCCUUGUUGUGCAAGCUCUGUGGAGCUUGUGCAGAGGCAGCAACUUUUGCCAGAGGGGAACUGGAAUCCCCUGGUUGGGCCUGGGUUCUCCUGAGGUUUUUUUUCUUGAUUAGAGUUUUGGGUUCCACGCCACCGUUUGGAUACUGUUCUUUUGCACUAUUUGCCUGGUCGGGGGGCUGCUUUAGAAUUUUAAAGUUUUACUUCAUUAAUAUUGCAUACCGUAUAGGAAUUUAUAGUCCGUUAUAUUUGACCUGUGCUUCUCUCUCCUUUAUCUUAAAUGUUUGCUCUCACUGUGUGUGCGUACUUGUUUAUGUACACGUGUGCGCAUCCGUGCGUGUGUGUCUAUGUCUAUGUGUGUUAGUACGUGUGCAUAUUGUGUGUGUGGAGUGUUUUGUAUGUGGGUAUGUCUGUCUUCUGUGUUUUCACCGUUUUCUUGUUUUUACAGGUACAACUUAAAUUGUUUUGCUUAUAGUCAAUAUGUCUCAUGUACAGCUGCUUUGUAACAAUGAAAAUUGUGAAAAGCGCUAAAUAAAUAAAGUUGAGUUGAGUGUACAAUCAAACAAAACAACGUGCACAGUAAUCAAGGACGCAAGUGUGCAUACAGGAAAACGUUGUGUUCAGCAAGACGAUGCGCGACGCAUUAGUUGGCGCAAGGCUGUACGGUCAACGAUGUGUUCAUCAAAGACGCGUAGUGUCUGUGGGGUUGCGCGCACAGUCAUGAAAACUGAUCUGUUCAGCAUAAAGGCGCAGCGCAUCUGCGGAGUGCGCGUACAGUCAUUGAAAAUUAUGUAUUCAGUCAUUAAAGAAGCAGCGCUGCAUUACUGUUUGGUUUGUGACAUCCUGUAUGGGAAACGGUGGCGCAAGGCUGCUCACAGUGCUUGGCCAUGCAUCGCACCAGAACCGUUUUUGGAACUGAAACUUAUAAAUUGCUCACGGUUCCGGUUCUUAAAAAAAACAGCCCCGGUUCUGGAUAAGAACCGGUUCUCGGUUCCCAACCCUAGUUAUAGGUACUUUAAGGGUCCCAGUUUUCCCCUUGCUAAAGAUGCUACUGACGAACUUGUAAGGAUAUUUGUAGAAAGUGGUCCCUCUUCUUUGCCCCCUCCUCCCCUACCCACUUUAUAUUUGACUGCAGAGGACUUUGCUGUAUUUUUCACUGAGAAAACAUCAUCCAUCAGCAAACAAUUCUCAGCACCUCAGACCUCGGUACACACCACCCUCACUUCAAACAUCGAACUCUCCUCUUUCGCCCCACUGACUGACACUGAAGUCACCAGACAUCUCUCCAACCACCCCACCCACCUGUCCCCUUGACCCAAUCCCCUCCCAUCUCCUUCAGGCCAUAUCCAGCACACUCACACCUGCACUCACACACAUCAUCAACACCUCUCUGCUCACCGGCACUUUUCAAUCCACAUUCAAACAGGCCCAGGUCACGCCCUUACUUAAGAAACCCACAUUGGACCCCUCUACUACUGACUGUUACAGACCUGUCUCUCACCUCCCAUUUAUUGCAAAAACACUUGAAAUGGCAGUUUUCAACCUGGUGUCUUCCUACCUAUCCCAGAAUAAACUACUGGAUGACAAGCAGUCUGGCUUCAAAACAAACCACUCCACUGAGACUGCGCUGCUAUCAGUCACAGAAGCACUGCGGCUAGCCAAGGCGGAAUCUAAAUCCUCGAUCCUGAUUCUGCUAGACUUAUCUGCAGCGUUCAACACUGUCAGUCACCAGAUACUGCUAGCAAUCCUGUCAUCUCUAGGGGUCUCAGGCACUCCUCUCCGCUGGUUCAAAUCCUACCUCUCCGGCAGAUCCAUGGUGGGGCUCGCUGUCCACUGCUCACAACAUGAUCACUGGGGUCCCUCAGGGAUUGGUGCUUGGACGAUGCUUUUUUCCAUCUACACGAAAUCCUUGGGACCCAUCAUACGGGCACACGGCUUCUUGUAUCAGUGUUAUGCUGACGACACCCAGAUUUACAUCUCGUUUCACCCAGACGAUACCACUGUUGCAGCUCGCAUUACAGGCUGCCUAGAAGACAUCUCAGCUUGGAUGAAAGAGCAUCACCUCCAGCGGAACCUUGCCAAGACAGAACUACUCAUGUUUCCGGCACACCCCACGGUGCAACACGAUCUCACCAUCCAACUUGGCAAUACCACCAUCACUCCUUCCAAAACUGCCAGGAACCUCGGAGUCACAAUUGAUGAAUAGCUGUCCUUCAAUGAUCACAUUGCAAAGACAACGCGGUCAUGCCGAUAUGCCUUAUUCGACAUUAGAAAGGUUGGACCCUAUCUCACUGAGCAUGCGGCACAACUCCUUGUCCAGGCCCUGGUAAUCUCAAGGUUGGACUACUGCAAUGCUCUCCUUGCUGGGCUUCCUACAAAGGCUAUCAAACCACUCCAGCUGGUUCAGAACGCCUCGCACACCUCGUCUUCCAACAGCACAAAAGGGCUCAUGUGACAGCCCUUUUCAUCUCUCUCCACUGGCUACCGGUUGAAGCCCGUAUCAGAUUCAAGUCAUUAACUCUAGCCUACAGGACUAUCACUGGAUCUGCACCGGCAUACUUUCACACCCUCCUAGACUCCUACACCCCAUCAAGAACCCUGCGUUCAGCAAACAAGCGGCGUCUUGUAUUGCCUUCUCCAAAUGGCAGUAAAUCGCUUUUCCGCUCAUUCUCCUUACAUUUACAUUUAUGUAAAAAUGUAAGGAAAUGUAAAUUCUCCUUACAUUUACAUUUAUGCAUUUGGCAGACACUUUUAUCUAAAGCGACUUACAGUGCAUUUAGUCUAUACACAUCUUUUUUUUUUCAGUGUGUGUUCCCUGGGAACACACAUUUUUCAGUGUGUGUUCCCUCUCUGUAAGUCGCUUUGGAUAAAGCGUCUGCUAAAUGACUAAAUGUAAAUGUUCUCAAGCUCUCUGCUCUUCACAGCGAGGCCAGGCUGGACGAGAUCCGAGUCAAUGCUUGCCCACUCUUUGUUGCAGGAUUUAGACCAAUGUAUCUGAGGUCUUCUUCCAUCCAUUUUCUUUUCUACUGCUUGCUGCGGCUGGGUAGUCUCCGUUUUACUUAUUGCUGGUAAGUUUAUGCCUGGUUGGGCUUCGUCUGGGGUUCUUAUACCCUGUGGGCUGUGGUGCUUGUCCCGCCACUGGGCUUCAUCCGACUGAUUUGCCGUACCUCUUGUAAAGUAUUGGUCAAUGCGGGGCCCCUCAUUAAGCUCUCUCAGGCACUUCUUCCUGCCCUGAUGGAUUUUAAGACCUUUCUCUGAUGUUACCUUUGUCCAGCCGCGAAUGCAUCUAUGUAGUUUUUGUCCUGUUGUUCCAAAUUCUGCUGUGCUGAUCUACUGGUUCUUUUUCAUAUCCAUUCCUAGGUCUGUUGCCAUGUGAUCCAUCCAUGUGUCUUCUUGCGGCCCAGCUCUCGCAGACUCCAGGUGUAUUCUUCCUCUUGUGUUUUUCGUAGCCAUAGAUGGGUGGAUACAUUCAUAUGUAAUGUGGAGCUUCAAUCUCUUAAUGUUUACAAUUUAGUAAUUAGCAAAAAAGUAAUUCUGACAAGUUGUUCUGACAAAGAUAUAGUGCAAUAAAUAAAAGUAUACCAAUUCUUAAUGUAACGUACAGUAUAUUAGAUCACAUUUCAUGUAUUUCUAAACUAAGGGUGCUCCGAUCAAUUAUGUAUUUAAUAUCCACACUUAUGUAAAAUACUACUGAUAGAAACUGACAAAAAAGUUUGAAAACACCUGCCCUAAAUGAUCGUAUUGUGUGUCUAGAACUCCCACAUUUGUGAUGAUUGACACACGGGUAACCACAGCAACGUUCUAGCGUCUCACAAGCCAGGUUUCCAUUACAGAUUUGCGCAAAAAUGAAGAGAUAUUUUCUAAAUGUUGAUUAAAAAAAUAUUGCGGAAUGACUACGUUUCCAUUAAACGAUGUUAUGCGACUAAAGUGUUUUAUUUUUUCUUCUCGUGAUGUCAUACUUCUUCUUAUUAGGUUUUAGAUUGCAAACCAACUUUAUAGGUGCAGAGUGCCGCUACUAUGAUGAAAGAGUGAAGAGAAAUGUCUAUAUUUCCUCAUAUAUUUUCAUAUUACCUCACUAUUCCUAAUAAAUCUCCAUACUGCACUCACUCGUUUUCCUGCAUUUGGGCCAUCAUAUAAGACAUUACUUAAUGUGAAUUCCUUACAUCCUAUCUUUCCAAAUGUUCUGCAAAAACAUACUGCGAUUGGUCAUGUUAUGUUUUUGAACGCAACGUGACUUGUAAAUACGUCAAAAAGUAGGAUUGUUUGACUUAAUGCGGCGCUGCACAUCAAGAUCAAAAUCCGAAAUCCUUGAAGCCGUGCAUGCCGAUUAGAAAUUUUGUCCGACCUGAACCAGCGCCGAUGCCAUGACAGAGUUUCGAGAGCAGCCGGCUAGCUUAGCCAGUGCAGCUUCUCAAGAGUGGUUGUUUAGCGGAAUUGUCUGUAUGCAGUGUCGUAAAAACUGUCGCAAAGAUUUCCCGCUGGCAGUUCAAUACACGUGAGUUUGUUUACUAAGCCGAUGGACCCAGAUACAUCGUUCAUAUUAUGUCCACCGAUCAGGUAAAGCAGUCUGUGUUACCAUAUGUUCUUCGUAUAUCAGUACAAAGAUUUAUGUAUCGUUUCUCCAUAAUUAUAAACUGUUAUGUCAACAAAGAACGGUAAGUAAGCAUAGUUGUUUUUGCUUGCAUAGUUCUCGUGUAUGUAGCUCGCGUAUGUAGCAUUGUUUGCAAAGGGUGUCAUUUGUAUAAUAAAAUGAAAUAUUGACCACAAAUUAUGUAUCAUGCAACAAUGUCCAUAGUAGCUUAUACAGCAUACAUUGUCAUAAGUUUAUAAGGUUGUAUCAUAGCAUCUUUUUUUGAAUAACCAAUCAGACAUAAAGAAAACUGGGGAAAACAGACAUUUGUAACUACAUUACAAAACAUAAAUAAUAAGUAAUAUUGUAUGACAACGUUAGCCUAAUCAACGACUGAACUGUUCAACAUUCACGUGGUUUCCUGUUCUGAACAAAAUAAUCUGCUACUUUUUACCACAACACGUUUAGUGUGGUUGUUUAGUCUUUAUUUACAAGCACUACACACAUUCAUGAUGAGACACGACAACAUGCUAGCUAUCGACACCGGGAACCAUAUAUUAUCUCUCAGCUACCUUAGUUUAUAAAGUGCGAACCGGUGUUGCACCAAUGACACAGACUAAUAACAAAUACGUUCAAAAGUACAGGACAGCAACAAAAAAUGUACAAAUAACACUUACAAAUCCAGGAGCAGGACCGCUAGGUCUGCAUCCGUUUUGCAACCCGUUGCCUCUUGCUGCUCGCGCCACCGAGUGUAAGCCCGUCCGAUAUUGAUUCGUGACCGGCCUGUGUCCGAUCACUCUCUCGCUUUCUUUUCUUUGCUUCCUCCGACAAAACCCUCUUUGGUUUUUUGGCUGGCUCUGCCAUGGUGAUGUUUUGGAUAGUUUCGUCUUACUGUUAGCUCUGCUGUUGGCUAACUUCAGCCAGGGUACGACUAAAAUGUGACGUAUGCUGUAAAGCAGGGGAUAGGCGGGGCUUGUACCGGCCCGAACACCAAAGUUACAAGUGCAAUUUCAGCCGAUAGGAGGCUGCUUGGGUAGUAACGGCAGUAAAAUUCAUCCAAUUAAAAGUUGUCCUACCACUAAAAUAAUUUGAGACAUUAUUUUAAGGUCAAAAAGUUACUCGUUGCCGCUUUAAUUUUGGUCUUUGUUUGCGGGUUUUUUUAUUUGAAGAUCUGGCAAUAUUGUCACUUUAGAAAAAGGCUUGUGAGAGCGGCUUGCCCAUCUCAAAUGUGCAAAACGUCUUGGUUACGGAUGUAACCUCGGUUCCCUGAUGGAGGGAACGAGACGUUGUGUCGAACCGACAGAAUGGGGUUUGUCUUGAGAACCUAUCAUCUUCUGACUUUUUGGAAAAGGCCAAUGAAAAUUGGCGAAUGAAAUUUGCAUGCCGGGCUCCUCCCCGGAUGUCCGGGUAUAAGAGGGAAGCCGGCGUGCUCAUUCAUUCACCUUUGGUCUGAGGAGCCUAAAGCAUCCUCCCCCGACCGCUGGGGUGGG